AUGCCACAAUUUAAGACUAAGCAGAUUUUUUUCAUUUUGGAAUUCACUUUAUUUCCUUCAGGCCCACCCAGUUCCCCCGUCGAUGUAACCAUCGACUGUACGCAGGCGGCCAAAUGCGGCACUGCGCUCCUUUCAUGGACCCCUGGAAGUGAAAAUAACGCAGCGAUUACUGAUGUGCAAAUUGAAUACAUGACCGGCUACGUUCGCCCUCUAUCAAACUCUCCACCCGAAAUUUCUCAAACGAAUGGAUUGCAAACUGCAUUUGAUUCGAGAGCUAUUUUUGAGGCUCUCAAUGUAUCACUGUUGACAGAUAAAUGGCAAAUUCUUAAACACGAAUUAGUGGAAGAUGGUGGAUACUCCUCGGCGUUGUGUAAAACGGAUAAGGCUGAUAUCGCUCUCAUUAAUUUAACCGAGAAAGUGGCCCUUGUUCCUAUUUACCCAGAUGUGGCCUAUCAGUUCCGAGUGCGGCUAAUAAACCGAGUCGGUAUUUCACACGCAAGUCCACCAACCCCUGGCUCAAAUGAAGUGGAACAAAGCAAAUGUCUCCUGAAACCACAAGCACCCACCGUUUAUCCUCAGGAUUUAAAAAUAUAUGGAAACGUGCCAAAUACACUUACCGUUACUUGGAAGCCAAUUCCUCCAAUCCGACACAAUGGACCAGGUCUGCGCUAUCAUCUCAACGUGAAAUGUCUUGAUUGCGAACAAAGCUCCGAGGGAUUUAACGAGACAGAAAUAAACAAUUGGAAUCAGAGUCAAAUAGUCUUUACAAAACUCCCACCUUUUGACUUAUUCAGUAAACAAUUACCUAUCGAAAUCUUCAAACAGUAUGAAGUUAGUCUGAUUGUAUCAAACGCUCUUGGCCUAAGUAAGGCUGGUCCUGCUAUAUCUAAAGGUUGGUCUGCCGAAUAUCCACCAACGAUAGCUCCGAGCAGGCUUCGAGCGACAAGCGUCGACUCUUCUGCAGCAGUUCUAGUUUGGGAUUGGCCCUCAACUGACCCCAAAUUGGUAAAUGGAUUUUUUGUUGGACUUCGAUUGGAAUGGUGCCUCAAUGAAAAAGGCCAAAUGUGCGAUCGCUAUAAAGUUACUCAGGAUGUUCGAAUAGCUGAACCAUCAAUGGAACUAUAUCCGCAUCUUCGAAUCGAUCCGUCUGAUUCCUAUUCAAGAAAAAGUGAAGAUUUUUCACUUCCAAAUUUUACGGAAAGCGGGCUAUUUAAAUCGAAUCCUAUUUCCUACAAUCAACACCGACAAGCCGUUCUUAAAAAUCUACCUGGGUUAAGCCAUAUUAGGGCCUGGGUUCGAGUCCUCAACAUUCAAUACGAAGGACCUAGUAGUGAGGUAAUUCUCAUCCAUACCAAGGAGGGUGUACCCGAAGCAGUUAGUGAAUUUACUCAUUCCUUCGCUGGUGUCAACUAUGUGGAAGUUGUCUGGACUAAACCUAUUCAAACAAAUGGCAUUCUUACCGGCUACCUCAUCGAUGUAAUUUCAGACAAAGGAGAUUGCGCGAAAAAGAAUGAAGCAUGCGAGUUUAUCCUCCAGGAGAAAAAGAUCUCAGAUCCAGAUCAGAUGGCAACGCGAAUUGGUGGUCUUGAGAUCAGUACGUCUUACAGACUGAGGAUUAGAGCACUUACGGCCGUCGGUCCUGGGAAACCAAGGGAAUUGAAAGUUCACACUGCUAAACUAAAACCUGCAAAGUCACCGGCUGAAUUUGUUGUUUCUCCCGUGUACGGCUCAACAAACACUCUCAAUGUAAGUCUGAUUCGGCCAAUAGAAAUUUCCAACAAUUUGAAUGGUGAUAACAAAUACCCCCUUCUGCAACGGGAUGAUGCCCUGCUUGAACCGGGUUCAUCGUCUCUUAUUGAAAACACCGGUCAAGAUGGUGUGCGCGCCUUUUUAGUACAGUUCAAAAAACUGCAGGAUGAACAGUGGGAGGAGACAGAAAAGGAGUUUGAUAAAGAUUGGCAGCUUGUCGGAAAUUUAAUUCCAGGUGAAGAAUAUGAUAUGCGGGUGAUCCUUACACAAAGUCCAUCAGUAUCCUACGUCAGCCAGGUGCGGAUGCUGAGGGUACCUCGACCUGGAGAAAUUGGAUUUGGCCUCUCAGGGGGUGUAGUCACCACUCUUCGAGAAAAUCCACAACUGGCUGUUGGAUCUGGUGGUGUAUUCGGAGACGGCUCUCUUGUGCUCAAAAUCUUCGUCCCACUCGCAGUCGCUCUCUUUCUCAUCGCUCUCAUUUUCACCUCACUCUUCUGUUUCCGUGGCACCAAGUUUAGGCGACCUAUGCCGCGUCGAAUGAGGGCACAAAAGUCCACAUCUUCCUCUAUUGUUGCUCAUCGACUGAAUGGUUGCCGAGUGGCUGAUGAGAAUUUUAUUUCUAAAAAGUCACAACAAUAUGAUCACGCGGACAACGCCUUAAAAGAAUAUAUGGAAAAGGAGACUGUUAUAUAUAUGCCAAUUGGAACGACCGCAGUAAGCGGUACUUCAAACUCGGAUCGUAAUUGCGUACUUCAGGGUCGUCAAAAUGUCACCAUUGUAGAUUCCAGGAAAUUGAAAGGCUGGUUUGAUACCAGUGGAAUAAAUCCGCGCAAACAGCAUUGCCAUGUUCAACACCCCUCAACGUCCACAUUCGCUCCCACCCGAUGUCUCUCCCCAUCCUUCACUCUGGUACCUCCGAUGGAAAACUCAACUCCAUGGCAACUAGCCAUUACCAAGAAAGAAAAUUUACCUUCUGAAAGACCAAUUUAA